GGAAGUGGUGUACCAUAUGCCUGUAAAUGCUCCAUCUGACUGCAUCUGUCUGAGGAGGUAUUGUCUUUUUAAUGUGUCUUUAUUCAAGAGACAUGUUAAAGAUUAUUUUGUCUGAGCUGAAUCACAACCUAAUUUGGAUGAAAUGGGGCUGGACAGCAUGGAUGUUUCUCUACUUUAUGAUCUCAGGUACUCAUCCUCUGAUCACAGUUCACCAGCCCCCCGUGCUCACCGCUGCUCUGGGUGAAGAUCUUAUCAUGCCCUGCCACCUAAACCUUUCCAACGAAGAGAAGAUGACGGCCCGACCUGUUCUGUAUUGGGUGCACACUGACAAUGAGAAACUGUGGGUCCCCUCUGAGAGAUAUAAGAGACGUGUAGACCUUCUGGACAGUGACCCACUGUCUUUAAACAAGUCAAUACGUCUCAAAAAUGUCCAAUUGGCAGAUAAUGGGAAGUACCUGUGCAAAGUCUCCGUCACCAUGGCGGGGGGGAAAAGUUUUAGGAUGAAAGGAAAUGGAACUUUAGUGAUGGUUUACGGCAACAUGACCUUUGGCCUCACCAGUCACAAUGACUCUCUGCUCCAAUGUGAAGUAAACGUGACCCAGGGACCUGGAUUGGUUCUGUCCAUUUUUCACAAUGAAUGCAAACCACAAACUGUUGACUCUGCCUCAGGGGACACUGAUGCAGCUCUGCCCUAUGUCACGCUCUCUGAGACUAUUCCUCUGAGAGGUGGUGGAAAAUAUGAGUGUCAGCUGCACCUGAAUGAAAAUCUGAUAGUGGAAAGCAUCUUCAACUACACUCCACCUGUGGCUGGUAAAGAUGAAAAAAAUAUUUUGACAGCACAUCCAACAACCAGCCCUGAGUCAGGUGUGGCUGUGUUUCCAGAGCCGUGGUUCCUGUAUGUGGCUCUCCUCCUGGUUCCCACUACCAUCCUGCUGGGCCUGGUAACUGUCCUGCUGAUAAACAGGCCCUGAGUUUGUUUGUUUGUGAAUAUCUGGCUGAAAUAGAGAGGCAAGGCAAAGGAGAUCAAGGCUGAGCAGCAGUGGUGAUGUGUCACUCCAUCUUCAAGAUCAAACUCACUCAUAAACAGCUUCAAACAGUUCAAGCUAAAAGAGAUGCACACACGUAACUGUUCCUUCUCUGUCAAAUAUUAAAUUCAGGGGCAGCAUCCUAUAAAGCCCUAAUACAUUAUAAUGGUUCAACAAGGCUGCCCCACUUUAGAGAUGUGGCUUUCUUUUCCCACAUUCAGAGAGCAUAAUUAGCCCAAGAAUCCCCAAAUCCACUCAGUUGUUUCAUGUUGCAUUCUGGCAGCCAUUAUUUCACAUGCAAACUCCCCGGUUUCAGAUUUGCCUAUGAAGAUCUGAUGUGGGGUACACACAUAAACACAGGAUCCAACGAUUUACACAGUAUCAGUAUGGUGCUCCAAAAAAGGCUCAUUGAGUGUAUAUGUUUUUGAAAUGACGAAUUAACUGCGUCAUUGUGCUUGUUUAUUCAUUCUCACUUCUCUUUGGUUGCAUUCAUACAGUCUCAUAUUAAUACUGGUUCCCCAGAAAGAGGUUUUUUUUUACAAAAGUAAACCCCCACCUGCACGUUCCUCCUUUGUCAGAAAUGUACCUGUAUACCUCUACUUCUGUUUUCCCUAUAUACAGUAUGUCAUAAUUUCCUUCACAAUCCUCUCGGUUCCCUUUUAUUGAAAUAAACAAAAGUAUUAUUGAUACUUUAUUUCCCUCUAAUGGUGAAAGAGGGCAGGUGCACAAAAAGUAACCACUGACAGUGACACAGGGAACUUGUUGUUUUAGAACCUAAACGACAAGAUAUGAAACAACUGAGCAGAUUUAUUAGCAAAAAAUUAAACCUGGUGCUGAAACUGGGAGAAAACACACACAUCUCUUAAAAAACAUAUCAUCAAUGUAUCAAACCUGCUUUUCUGUAUUAGAAUCACAAGUUCUCUUUGUAUUUAUGAAUGAUUAAACAUGUUUAUCCUGAA